AUGAGGAGCGGCAAGGACUCCAUUGUCUGCCAUUGUUACUGUCGGUGUCCUCAUGUAAUAUUGGGGUGCAGUGUGGGUGCGAGUCUCAAUGGCUUCGAGGAAAUGGUGGAGUUCCUUCCGGCCUCCGAUACCAAGAAGGUGGAGAAGAUGUCACCGAAGACUAAGCUGCUGAUCGCCGGUUUGGUGCUCGGCGCCCUCCUCCUCUCUCUCACGGUCGGCCUCCUGGUUUGGCACUUUGCAUACCGGAAUGUCCCGGUGCAGAAGGUCUAUACCGGCUACUUGAGGGUGACGAAUUAUCCGUUUAUCAAUGCCUACGAGAACCCUUCCUCGGCGGAGUUUGCCGAUCUCUCCUCCAAAGUUGUUGAAAUGCUGCAGAAAACGUAUCAAACCAGUCCAGCGAUUGGGCCGCACUUUGUCCAGUGCAACGUGACGGCGUUCAGCGAGGGAAGCGUCAUCAGCUACUACUGGUCGGAGUUUUCUGUGCCGACGUAUCUGGAGGCCAAUCUGGAUGCAGCCAUGUCCGAUCUGAAAGUGCAAACGGUCACUCUGCGUCAGAGAGGCGCCCUGUACGUGGAUUCCUUUGUGGCGUACUCUACCGAUCCCCAGAUGGCCAGAACAUUCCGAGACAACAAAUGUAUGUUUUUCUUGCACGCCACCGACGGCGCUGCCACAAAAUUCUCCAGCCCCGGCUUCCCCAACGCUCCGUAUCCGCCCAAUUCCCGCUGCCAGUGGGCGCUGCGGGCCGACGCCAGUCACAUGAUCGUCCUGCAUUUCAAAACCUUCAAGCUGGAGAGCUGCAAAGCCUCCAAAGGGGAUUAUGUGAACGUUUAUGAUUCUCUGACCGCCGUGGAACCGCGGAUCAUGAUCAAGUUAUGCGGCACGUAUCCUCCUUCGUACAAUCUCACCUUCAUCUCCUCGCAGAACGUCAUGUUCGUGACGCUGGUGUCAGACGACAGAGAGAAGCAUCCCGGAUUUAAGGCGGAAUUUUCUCAGAUCCCAAGAACGACACUCUGCGGAGGAACGAUUCGGGACGCCAACGGAGUGAUCAGCAGUGUUUUUUUCCAGGUUCCCGAAGACAAGUUUGUGAAAGUUCGGUUUCAGAUGUUCUACCUGUAUGAGCCGGGCGUGUCCAUCACCAGCUGCCCCAACGACUACGUGGAGAUCAAUAAUGUGAGAUACUGCGGAGAACGCGCGCCGUUUGUUGUUUCAAAUAACAGCAGUAAAAUGAUGGUGAAGUUCCGCUCCGACCAAGCCUACGUAGACACCGGAUUCACCGCGCAGUACCUGUCCUAUGAGCCGAAAAACCCUUGUCCUGGUCAGUUCACCUGUAAGAGCGGACGUUGUAUAGACAAGGGCCGGAAGUGCGAUGGAUGGAACGAUUGUGGUGACUCCAGCGAUGAGGUUGGAUGUGUCUGCUCCGACAAGCAGUUCCGCUGCAAAACCAGCCAGUACUGCAAACCGCGCUUCUUCCUCUGCGACGGCGUCAAUGACUGCGGGGACGGCACGGAUGAGCAGGACUGCAAAUGUCCCGAUGCGUUCCUGAAAUGCAGAAACGGAAAGUGCGUGCCGGAAGCGCAAAAGUGCGACAACACCGACAACUGUGGAGACGGCACAGAUGAGUCCGACUGUGGAUCGGCGAAGCCCACGGACUGCACAGCGUACACCUACAAGUGUCAGAACGGGCAAUGUCUUAACAAGUUGAACCCGGAGUGUGACAGCGUGGCGGACUGCACCGACGGCUCCGAUGAGACUUUCUGCGACUGCGGGAAACGCCCUUACAGCAGGAAGACGAGGAUUGUGGGCGGAGUGAAUGCAGACAUUGGCGAAUGGCCGUGGCAGGUCAGCCUGCAGACGAAGAAGGACGGACACACGUGUGGCGCCUCGUUGGUCUCCCCGACCAUAUUGCUGUGUGCGGCUCAUUGCUUCCAGGACACGUCUGGAAUCCGAUAUUCAGACCCCAGUGUGUGGACGGCGUAUCUGGGUCUCCACGAUCAGGCCACGCGGACCACCAGCAAGGAUGUUGUGAUUCGGAAGAUAAAACGGAUCGCGGCUCACAAACAGUUCAAUGACUUCACGUAUGACAACGAUAUCUCCGUCCUGGAGCUGGAGAGUCCCGUCACCUACACGGAUUUCAUACAACCGAUCUGUAUUCCCGAGAGCACACAUGUCUUCCCCGUGGGAAAAUCUAUAUGGGUGACGGGCUGGGGCGCUGUAACCGAAGGAGGCGUCGGGGCCGCCGUACUACAGAAAGCUGAGAUCCGAAUCAUCAAUCAGACCGAAUGUAAUAAAUUGCUGGACGGCCAACUAACCAGCCGUAUGAUCUGCGCUGGGUACGUCAGUGGCGGGAUCGAUGCGUGUCAGGGUGACUCCGGUGGUCCGCUGUCCAGCGUGGAGGCGAAUGGGAAGGUUUAUCUGGCUGGGGUCGUCAGUUGGGGCGAGGGCUGCGCUCGCAGGAACAAGCCGGGCAUCUACACCAAGGUGACGGAAAUGAGGGACUGGAUUAAGCAGAACGCUGGAUUGUAACCAUGUGAAAACCUUUUUACCGAUCAGAUUAUUUUUUUAAAAGAGACGAUUUACGGUUCGGAUUAUUUUAGCGAGUUUUGUUCUUUUAUGUCGCACACUCCGAGCGCACUGUGAUUCUGAGAGAACUAUUUUAAGCUACAGCACCAUGAGUGUAAUGGGAUUGUGAAAUGAGAAGGAACC